GUCCCUGACAGAGUCUCAUGUAGCGGUCACUGGGGCGCGAAGACUGUUGUGUGGACGCUGCUUGACAAUGCUGUCCCGGGUGGUACUUUCUGCCGCCACCGCAGCAGCUCCCUCUCUGAAGAACGCAGCCCUUCUCGGUCCGGGGGUAUUGCAGGCAACAAGGAUCUUUCACAAAGGGCAGCCAAGUCUUGCCCCUGUACCACCUCUUCCUGAAUAUGGAGGAAAAGUUCGUUUUGGGCUGAUCCCUGAGGAAUUUUUCCAGUUCCUUUAUCCUAAAACCGGUGUAACAGGACCCUACGUGCUCGGAACUGGGCUUAUCUUAUAUUUACUCUCCAAAGAAAUAUAUGUGAUAACUGCAGAGACCUUCUCUGCCAUUUCAACAAUAGGGGUGCUUAUCUAUGUAAUUAAAAAGUAUGGUGCCUCUAUUGGGGAAUUUGCUGAUAAACUCAAUGAGCAAAAAAUUGCCGAACUGGAAGAAGUGAAACAGGCUACCAUCAAACAAAUCCAAGAUGCAAUUGAUCUGGAGAAGUCACAGCAGGCACUGGUUCAAAAGCGCCAUUACCUUUUUGAUGUCCAGAGGAGUAACAUUGCCAUGGCCUUGGAAGUUAGUUACCGGGAACGGCUGCAUAGAGUAUACAAGGAGGUGAAGAAUCGCCUGGACUAUCACAUCUCUGUGCAGAAUAUGAUGCGUCAAAAGGAACAAGAGCACAUGAUAAACUGGGUGGAGAAGAACGUGGUACAGAGCAUCUCUGCGCAGCAGGAGAAGGAGACAAUUGCCAAGUGCAUUGCAGAUCUAAAGCUGCUCGCAAAGAAGGCUCAAGCACAGCCAGCUCUGUAAAUGCAUCUGUCCCAGUUGAGACAACUAGAAACAGUUGACUGACUAAAUGGAAACUAGUCUUUGUGACAGAAUCUUUCUGUAUUGCUCUCUACUGAAGUUAGUUUCCCUUUCCUAAAAAUGAAAAGUUUGAGUUUCAUAUAAUGAGAGAAUUAAAACAAUCUAUUGGCCAGUAAGAUGUUUCUCUCAUCCUUCUUGCUCUGCAUUUUGAGUUGUUCCAUGAUCACUUUUGAAUAAGCAGUUUGCUUUGAAUAAAAUUUGGUACCUGACUAAAAAUUGUCAAGUUAUAGUUUAAAUUUGAAUUAAUUCAACCAUCUUACAAUAAAGUGACGGUUGAAACAAAGUUUUUCAAGAUGCAUAAUUUUCUGAAAUGUUAUUUCAACAUUUAUUAUAUGGGUAAAAAUUAUGGGUCAUUGAGCUGAUAAUAUUGUUUAUAAAACUAUUAGUGGUAAGCUAUUUCUUGCUGACAGGUUAUGGGAAAUUUAAAGCUUUUCAAUAUUCUUAAAAUAACUAAAAAAUCUUGUAUACCAAAUUAUAUCAUUGACUUUAUUUUCAUUUUAGUAGUAUGUCAACAGAAAAUAUUAUGGACUCAAUGUGUCAUAAAAUCACUCUGAAGAAUCCAGCAGAUAAGUUAGAAAAUUCUGCCCUUCCAUUGGUUUGUCUAUAUUUAAUUCUCCCAUACUUGUAUAAGGAUUUACUUGUAAACAAAUGGAUAACUUACAUAAUAGGAAGUACUUGAAAAUACGUACCAUAUGGAUAAUUGCCAUUUUCAUUGACUUCCUAAGGUUUUAAUUAUAUAACAAUCAUUUAAGUCAGUAUUUAUUUAUUUAUUGAUGGCUAAUGUAUUCAUCUUAUAUAGAAAUCAGACUGAUAUCAUUAUUAAGAUGUUACUUAAAGGAGAUUUUGAUAGGGUCAGCAGAGGUGUUCCAGAUUAUUCAUUAUACAAAGAAUUGCUGUGCUAAGCACAAUCCUGCACUGGUCAUACAGAGAUAAAAAGUUCCUACCUCAGGGAGUUAAAUAUCUACCGGAAAGGCAGUAAGACUCUGUGAUACAGUACAGAUUUUAGGUGUUUUGAGAGUGUAAUGACAAGCACCAUUUUAGGUAGUCUCAGUAACCUCAUCAUUUUCCUUGUAUAUAACUAUCAGUCAGCAUUCAGUCAGAGAAGCAGAACUACUAGGAUAUAUGUUUAUAGGUAAGGGAUUUGACUUUAUUCUGUCAUGGGAGCUGGUUAAGCAAUCUCUGUAAGCUCUUAAUCUUUGUUUCUGAUGAAAGAGCUUGACGUGCAUGGAGCAGGCAUUUAAGAAGGGAAGAUAGAUGUGAAGUGGGAGGGGGUAGGAACAAGUGGAAAUCACAAGCACAGACUGAAACCCUUGUCAAUUUUUAUUACCUCAGAUCUUCAUGGUAUGAUUGUCCUGCAAAACCCCAGGCCUUUCCUCACACACCUGGUCCAAAGGUUAGAGAAGCUGAAGGAUGACCCAGGGAAGAGUUGGGAAGUUAUAGGCCCAGCUACAAUUGGUGAGUCAAGAGAUUAGCACCAGUAUGUAUAAGCCACAAAGUUGCUUCUUUGCAUUCGCAAAGGCAGCUAGGCUAGGCAUGAGGCUGUCAAGGUCCUCUGGCCAGUCACUUCAGAAUGAGAACAGUUUCAUCUGGGUCUCCUCAUAAGGCUACCAGAUCCAAGCAGAGACUGACAGUGUGCCCCAUAGUCCCCAGAACCAGGGAGCCGGAUGAAUUACAUCGUGUACUCACAGCAACACUUACAACAUGCUAUGGAUAGCCAGCAUGAUGCUCUGCCACCUGGACAUGACUGUUGCAGCCAGCUGUAGAGCAUAUGCUGCUCCUUUUGGACAAGGAUGUGCUGGAGGAGUUUGUUUACCUGUGCCCAAGGAGCAUGGUAUCACAACCCAAAGGGAAGCCAGUCAGGAAUGAGAAGGAGGUAAUAAGCUGAGCAGGUUUCCUAGAGACGAAACUCCAGACUACAGCCCCAAAUCUCUACCUUCAGAAUACCAGAAAUUCAUUUCUAUGUGGUGGAUGUAGUUUGGUAUGUACAAAUUGGCUGCAUGGUAAUUGGUUGUGCAGUCUCAAGAGUAUCACAGUUAUUUUUUAAAUGUAUGGUAUGAAAAAGUUCAAUUGAUUUGAAGUAUUUUUGUAUUAGCAAAAGAAAUGGAUUACAUUUGUCAAUGAUAAAAGGGAAAUGUUGGAUUCUUUACUUUUGUCAUAAAUUUUGUAAUGACCAUAAAAAUAAUUUCUAAUCAAUGAUAA